AUGAUAGCCUUACGUGUAUUGCUUGGAAUGCUGGAGGCUGUCAUUGCACCCGCCCUGACAAUGUACACGAGCAUGUGGUACACUCGCGCCGAGUCCACACCGAGAUAUGGGUUCUGGUACUGCGGCUUAGGCAUGGGCCAGAUCGUUGGAGGGCUGAUUUCGUUCGCUGCUCAGCACGCACCCGCGGAUAUGUCCUUCCAUGGGUGGCGUAUCAUGUUCGUCGUGAUCGGCGUGGUGAAUGUCGUCGCUUCUAUAUUGGUCUUAUUUGUUCUACCAGAAAAUGUUGAGAAAGCCAAGUUCCUCAGUCCAACCGAGCGCGACCGAAUUGCACAACGUCUUCAAGACGACCAAGCUGGCGUCGGCCAGAAAGUCUUUCGCUGGGGCUCGGUGGUUGAAGCAAUUGGUGAUAUGCAAACCUGGCUUCUCGUCCUCCUGACCAUCUUGAUUACCAUCCCCAGCGGUGUUAUUACCACAUUCUCGUCCAUUCUUAUCAAAGACUUCGGAUAUACGUCGAAGCAAAGUGCGUUGCUCAAUAUGCCCUCAGGGGUCGUCAGCAUUGUGGCAACGACCCUGUCUACAUGGGCCAUCGCUCGUGGAUUCUCACGAUGGCUGGCUAUUGAUGUAUUGUUAAUCCCGACGUUGCUGGGCUCGUGCUUAAUGUCGUUCCUGCCGAGGAAUAACCAGGCAGGCUGCUUGGCGGGCAUUUACAUGGUCAACACGACGGUGGCUCCAUUGGCACUGAUUUUUGCCUGGACCGGAGCGAACUUCAAAGGGUAUACGAUGAAGGUGUCCGGCAGUUCUCUUGUCUCCGCCGCAUUCAGUAUUGCGAAUGUUAUUGGUCCUCAAACCUUCCAGGCGAAGGAUGCUCCUGCGUACAUACCGGCCAAAAUAACGAUUGUAGCGGUCAAUGCCGGCGCGAUAGUCGUAUCCACUGCCCUCCGCAUUGUGUAUGGACGACGAAAUGCGAGAGCCGAUCGCCUGGGAACGCCGGCGAGAAGUCGCAUGGAGGGAAAAUUGGCGAACGGAAGGACGGCAGAGGAAGACGUCCAUGACGACGUGAACUUUCGCAUGUCCAAAAUCCUAGUAACCGGCGCCAAUGGCUUCAUUGCCGCGCACUGCAUCUCGCUCCUUCUUUCCACCAACCACCACGUCCGCGGCACAGUCCGCUCCGAACAAAAGGCGACCGCGACGCAAGCAGCCCUGUCUGCAGCAGGCGUGGAUACAACGAACCUCGAACUGGUAGUUAUCAGCGACCCGACUGAGGUAACCCAAUUUGCACCCGCUGUGGCUGGUUGCAAGGGCAUCUUGCAUCUGGCGAGUGCGUUCAGCUACGAUGCCGCGCCCGGGGAAUUCGAGGAGAAGCUCCUUAUUCCCGCCCUCAAGGGAACGGUCGCCGUAUGCGAAGCUGCUUCAAAGUAUCCCGAGGUCAAAAAGGUAGUGGUUAUGUCGAGCUUUGCGGCGGUUUACGAUGCCUCAUUGGGAGCGCAACCCGGGAGGGUGUAUACAGAGAAGGAUUGGUGCCCGUUAACCUACGACGAGGGAAAGAAUGCGAGUCUCGUUCCAAUUGCAUACCGGGCAUCGAAAGUGAUAGCCGAGAAGGCAGCGUGGGAUUACGUUCGCGACCACGAAGUCAGCUAUCGGCUGGUUACACUGUGCCCCGGAAUGGUCUUUGGCAAGAUGAUCCAUCCGAUUGAGUCGUUAUCGCAAUUGAAUGCCAGCAACCAGAUCGUGUGGGAUGUGCUGAAGGGCAAUGGAAUCCCGCCUACGAAGGCUCCUGUUUGGAUUGACGUUGAGGAUCUUGCCCGGACUAGUCUCCAGGCGCUCACCGUGGAUCUACCGUCUCACCAGCGCUUCCUCGUGACGGAGGGAUCGAAAGGUGCAACAGAUGUUGGACGUGAGGUUUAA